AGUGACAGUGGGGAAAGCUAGGCUUUCCUUCCAGAAACAAGGGAGAGAGCCGAGGGGACAGCUGUUGUGGAGGUUUCUAAGGAGACUCAGACUGGCUUCUUUCCCUGCUCCUGGGAGACGGCAGGAAACCUCAGAAGGGAGGUCCGCUGCUCCCUAGCCAGCAAGCAGCCCCCAACUUGGAUGGAAUGAAAGAUGCGGCCUGAUGACAUUAACCCGAGGACUGGGCUGGUGGUGGCCCUGGUCAGUGUCUUUCUGGUCUUUGGCUUCAUGUUCACCGUUUCUGGGAUGAAAGGAGAGACUCUGGGAAACAUACCCCUCCUGGCCAUCGGGCCAGCCAUCUGCCUGCCAGGCAUUGCGGCCAUUGCCCUGGCCAGGAAAACUGAGGGAUGCACUAAGUGGCCAGAAAAUGAGCUGCUGUGGGUCCGUAAGUUGCCCUGCUUCCGGAAGCCCAAGGACAAGGAGGUGGUGGAACUGCUGAGGACCCCUUCAGACCUGGAGUCAGGCAAGGGAAGCUCAGAUGAGCUGGCUAAGAAGGCAGGCUUCAGAGGGAAGCCUCCCCACCAGGGGCAGACAGAGGUGCCUGUGGUCGGUUCCAUCAGCACACCCACACCCACGGAAGAAGGAGAAUGCCAGAGCCUGGUCCAGAGUGGGCAUCAGGAGGAGACAUCCAGAUACCUGGACGGCUACUGUCCCUCAGGCAGUUCCUUAGCCUACAGUGCCUUGGAUGCCAAGUGCUCAGCCUGGGACAGAUCUGAGUGCCCUGAGCCUGAGGACAGCAUCUUCUUUGUGCCCCAGGACAGUAUCAUCGUUUGCUCCUACAAGCAGAACAGUCCCUAUGACAGAUACUGUUGUUACAUCAAUCAGAGUCAAGGCAGGUGGGACCAUGAGACAAUAGUCUAAGCUUUGCAUACAAGAGUCGCUGUGUUGAUAGAAAUGUGGCUACACUUAGCUUCCAGGGGAAGGAAACUGCCCUGUUCCAACAGCCUUCACACUGUUAGAAAUGGACUUGGUAUGUGAUGGAUGUGCAAACCUCGGGUGCCUGAGAGCCAUGUAAAUAGUCAUGUUGGGGACACAUUUCAGGGAAGGGUGAUGAGGGUUAAGGACGCUGGAAGAGGCAGUGGGUAGGAGAGGAAGCAAUUCCAAUUGCUUUUUAACAAUUAAACCAUGUUGGAUGUUUUGUAAAAUAACCCAGAAAGGGCUACCCAGCACCUGCUAAAAGCAAGAAAAAUCUAGAGUGGGCUGCAGAUAUCAGCCAUGAAAUGAUACAUGGGCUUGCCAUGGGGAAACUGAGCUGCUUUCUGUCUGAAUAAAUUGAAAGACAAAACAA